GUUUUUCUCUCUUCUCGGUUACGUGUAAAAGGAACUACGUUUCUUCGAAGUUCUUCGCAGAUCAACCGCAUAACGAUCAUUGUUAAAAUUUUAUAAAUAUCAGCCGGAAUUCACGUCAUCUCGUUCAGUCAACAAUAAUAAUACUCAAAUUUUUCAUUCUACGCCAUUGAAGAUUGAAGAGAGUUGCGAACGGGGUUCAGAGUUGGAACAUCUGGUUUUUUUUAAUUACUUCUUUUUUUAGGGAACAAACGUCGGUAAUCGAACCGAGUUGAACCACUAAGCCACAACAAAAACAAAAACAAACGGAACAAAUAAAAUAAAUCAGAAAUACGUGCUCUACACCUAUAAUCAUACAACUUAUACAACCACACCGUUUGAGAGUAGACGUUGAUGCGUACUUGAUGCAUACUUGCUUUCUGCUUUGCCAAUUUAUCGUAAUCAACUGAAACGUUAAAGAAAUAUCAUAACACGCGUGUGACCCGUAUUUUAUCACUACACAGCAUAAAACCUGCCUUUUACCAUCGUAAAUGAUAGUAUUUAUAAAUUUUUGGAUAUUAUAAUGGACAUUCAAGUGUGUAUUCGUUCUUAAGUGAUACUAACCUCAAACGAUAUACGUCCCUUUUUCACACAACCGAGAUAAAACAAUGGCAGACCUGGAUGCAAUGUAUUCGAACAACUCGUUGUUUUCUACCAACGUGACAUUCUCAUCGACACUUCUGAACGAUCUCACUAAUAUAUCAUCAGAAUUCACAAGCGCGUUGUACGAUGUCACGACUGAAAAUUCAUCAACAGAAUACACAGAAUCUAGUCAAACUUCAAUGCCAACCAGCACGGAAAGUAUCAACAGAAUUACAGACAAUAUCCAGAAUUUGACCAAAGUUGUCGACACCACCGUCAAUUCCACUCAAUCUUCUCUCAUCAAUUUAACAACACAAGCAAUAAUCUGUUCCACAACGGAAGAGCCAUUUGAUGAAUUUGGUCCACCUGAAGGAGUACAAUAUAUUUUUGUCCCAUUGGGAGUAAUGGUUUUUGUUAUAAUAUUAUCUGCCAUGGUGUUAAUCAUAUCCCGAAAACGUAAAUUGGAACGACUAAGACAUAGGUUAAUGCCAUUGUAUAAUUUUGAUCCUGGAGAGGAGGGAGAAGAUGAUUGGGAAACGGAGUUACUCGAUGAGACUGUUGAUAGUCGUCAGAAAAGACAAGGCUAUCAAUCCAUGGAUACAGAGGAAAAUGCUGAAUUGUUCAGUGGCCGCUGAACGGAUAGUUUUAUGAAACCAAAGAGUUAAAAUCUUUUGAUCAAAUAAUAAAAAUAAUAAUAGUCUAAUAAGAAUAAUUAAUUACACUAUAGUAUUCACUCCAUUUUCAACAUUUAACAAGAGAAUCCAAGCUAGUGGAAAAAAGGAAAAAAUGAUUUUUAUUCAUAUAAAUAGAUAGAAAAGUACAGUUCAAAGGUAAAGGGGCUCAAGUAAGUUUUUCGUAACUGAAUAUGACCUACGUUGUACGGUAUGUAGAAAUCUGACAUAAAAAUAAAUAUAGAAAUCUUUUUCAAUUAAUCACAACAUUCAGAUAUUGUGCACCACACGUUAUAGGUUGUGUAUCUACAUAUACUUUUAGUUCUUACCACAAUGUGAUAUAGAUCAUUAAUGGUAUUCUCUCUCACGCUCGUCCACGGCAUCUGAUAUUCAAUUUUGAAUUAUUGUAAAUUUGAAAAAAUAGGUAUUAUUCUUUGUUUAAACUAUAGAAUUUCUAGAAUUAUUUUGCUUUUGCUUAGUAUGAAUUUAUAGUAUGAAGAAUUUAGUAUUUAGAUGUAUAGUAGCAUUAAUUAAUUAUUGCUACGUACAAUCAGCCAAAGAUAAUCUAACUUUUAUAUCGUUCGUACAUGUGAUUUUCAGUAUACAGUAUAUUAUAAUAAAUUAUAUCUAUGCUUAUGUAUACUUACACUGACAAUGAGAUGCACACUCGUAUCAUGUGUACCAAGAUUCAGAGAUGUAUAAUUCAUUGACGUGUAAAAUUGUCUAGUCCAUAGUGUGUAAUGAAGAUGAACCAGAUCCAGUCGAAAAUUGUUUCGAGUAAUAUAGAUUCAGUAUUAAUUAUUAUAUUAGUUCAAUAGACUACACUGGUGUCAUUAUUAUGUAUCGUAUUAUGCCUAUUUUUGCAUAAUAAAUGCACAAAUUAAUUUUA